AGGAUGUUCAACGCAGGAGUGACCGAGGGACAAUCAACCACGAGGCCACCUUUGUUCGAUGGAACAAACUACUCGUAUUAGAAGGAGAGGAUGAGAAUCUUUAUCCAAUCCAACGACUACAAGCUAUGGUUAAUUGUGAAGAACGGAUGCGGAGUCCCGAUGAAGAAAGUCGGUGAAGUCAACGUUCCCAAAACCGAAGAGGAGUUCACCGACGAAGAUUGCAAAAAGAUGGAGCUCAACGCAAAGGCAAUAGAGAUGAUUUAUUGCGGUGUUAAUGCGGAUGACUACCGCAAAAUUUCGCGGUGUGAAACCGCACAACAAAUGUGGGAGAAAUUGGAGGUCACCUACGAAGGAACCGCGCAAGUUCGGGAGGCCAAAAUCGACCAUCUUACUCACGAGUACGAACUCUUCUCAAUGAAGGAAAACGAGAAGAUUGAGGAAAUGUUUGAGAGGUUCUCUAACAUCAUUAAUCCUCUCAAUCUUCUCGGGAAGACCUACACCGACCGAGAGCUCGUGAGAAAGGUGCUACGAAGCCUAUCCCCCAAAUGGCGUUCAAAGGUGGACGCAAUCGAAGAAGGUCGUGACUUCCAAACAACGACCUAUGAUGCUCUUCGAGAAAGUGAGGCUUGUGUGAUUCAAGUUCUCAAGUUGUACCGGUUUUUCAAGCACCCGUUGAAGCUUGAAGAUUAGUAGGACUUUCGAGAGAGUCUCUCGGAGGAUUGGACUAGCCACGAGGUGGUGAACCAGUAUAAAUCCCGGUGUUCUUCUUUCCCUUACUCUCCUUACUUUAUUCCUGCGAUUCUAUUAUUUCACACACGCGAAAAACGCACAUUCUUGAGAACAACUCUAUUCACCCACCCCCCUCUAGAGUUGCACAUUUGUCUAACAAUUGGUAUCGGAGCGGGAAGUUCUUCGAAUACGUUAUUUUUUUCAGGAACUAAAAGAUCAAAUGGCAU